AUGCAAAUGCAGGGGUUUUGGCUUAUGCAAAAUUUAUUUGGGACAGUUAUUCUAAAGCCAAAUUCGGUAGUGUUUACAAAAACUUUUGGCCUUGAAAAAUUCAGUAGAGAAAAGCGUGCUCGAGGAAUUGAGGGUAUUUGUUCUUUGCUUCACAUUGAAAUCGGUAUGGUGGACAUACAUGACAAAGACACAAUAUAUUGGAGAGUUGGAGAAAGUCAUUCGGACGCAGAUAGGGAUGAGCGAACUGGAAAAGCCUGUGAUUUUAUUUUCUGGGUCGCCAAAGUACAGCACGUCAGUUUCCAGAAAAAAUGUGUAGAAGUAAGUGGAGUUAUUCCUCUCCCGUCAGAAAUUAAAAUGAGUUGA